CCCAACCCUCACGAUUGCCUGGUGUCUCACCUCUUCAACGCAUGAUGAUUGAAUUGCACUCAAAUAACAAACACUUUGUCGAGAGCUAGCUUCAACAUGGGCCGCAAGGCUUAUUUAGCGAGGCUUGCGCUUGGCCGCUCAGCACUGGAACCGCCAGAGGACUCGGAAACUUUUACGGCUGCUCGUGCGGGAGAAUGGACUUCAGCUCUUCAUGCCCCAGGUGAAUCCGCUCCUAGCGAGACGGAGGCAAACGCCUCAAGUCAACCUCCGCCACAUGGAGUCCAGCUGUACGACAGGCGUGGCCAUCCGUUCAACCCAUGGGCUCGCCGCUUCUCGCGAAGACUGCGCGAUGCUCAGAAUGACAUUUUGUCUGUGAUUGGCGUCACGGAACGUAAAACUCCCGUGAACCAAGAAUUUUUCACCGGAAGCCUCGAAUCUCCCCACGUCGGUCGUCAAGUUGAGGAAGAGGACGACGUUGGCUGGAAAGUCGGUCUUACAGCCGAUAUCGACUAUCAGCUUAUAAGCUGGUGGAUUCAUGCCUUGACAAACCGUCUCCUGGUUUUCUUUCCAACGGAGAACAUCUCCUUCGUCGAAGUCGUAAGACUGCACAGGCUUGCGAUGGGCAUGCACAGCUUCAUGUUUGCUGGGCUGCCGUCGUUUAUGCUAGGCCACCUCAUGAGCCCAGAGAUACUUACUUCUCUUGCCUUAGACUAUCUAGAUCGCGAAAUAUGGGCGAGGGUUUCGUCGAGACGAAGAAGGGAAGCAUACGUGCGCUAUAGAUUUAUUUUUGCAGUAGGAAUCGAAGUCUUCCUCAACCUUUUUGUACUUCCCCUGCGGGUUCACUCCAUACUACAAAUCCUCGGUUUUGCGCCUGACAGCUUCUGGCUAUUGCCGCCACCACGAUCGUGGCUGCCAUUUUGUGGAGACUCAUUAAUACAGUGGAACGCAGACAUUAGGCACAUGAUUCCAUUUUUCAUGUUUCGGCCUAUAUCAUCGCUUGUACACCAAUAUCUCUUUAAGUCAUUCCGCCCCUCAAUCCUUGGACCUACGGAAGCCCCUCGCUUUCGGCGAUCGAGUAGCCAACGUUUAGCUGCAUCGAUCACAUCAGCACCCAUAAUCGAGCUACCGCAUGAAGAGACUACCUUGACCCCAUUUUUCAACCGCUUGUUCUGUUUUCUCGGAUGGGGUCGGCCUUUACGUUCACACCGAUCCACAGCUCCACAUUUUCAGCCUCUGCUACGUCGUCGAGAAACUUGGUCUAUAAAUCAACCGAUUCAUAGUGGACAUGACACAGCAGUUGGUGCAGAGCAGAUCCCCCCUGAGGCAAGUAUCGAGCCAACAGCACAAGCUUCGAUAGAGCCAGUAAUGCCGCACUUGGAGCGCGUGCAUACCUCCGCAACGCUAGGUGACGGCUCGCCCUUCGACAGAGAUCACGACCGUAGCUCAGAUGCAACUAUUCGCGUAUCCUCCAUCGGUCCCGAUGGUGCCGUCAACCUCGAAAUUGGUCUCCCGGAAGAUACACGCUACGAGCUCGCUGCGGCUCAUGGCGGCCAUGCGAAUGACGCUGCUUUCGGCAACGGUGGCGUGGGGGAUUCAUUCUCAGAGCCAGCGUCGACAGGCAGGAGAAACGACAUGGACUUGUAUGAAGCGCCGCACCAUAUUUCGAAGCUUGCGCUGGAACCAACGGAGCUGUUGGUGAAUCUGACAAAUGUUUGGGUGGCCGGCUGGCUGCUCAUGCCUGUGAGAGUCUUCGUGUUGCGAGGCUUAGUGAGGCACGUCAUAAAGCGGCCUACUCUCUUCGGCGUGGAUCCCACACGAGCCUGGGCACUGCCAACGUUACUGGGCAGCGAUGCAAGUGUUCUUACCUCCGGUUUUGUGACGAGUGGAAUGAAGCAUGUUGCUUUGGCAAGUCUCGUUGAUGUUAGUUUAGGGCUAGGCUAUUGGCUACUGGAAUGGUCUGUUGUGCGGUUCAUCGGCGUCUCUGAUUUCGGAUGGGGUACUUUCUGAACAAACUCAUCAAAAGCGCAGAUGUCCGGACACUUUUUUGCAGUAUUAAGAGAUACCCAAAAUUUCUCAAUUUUGUAGUCACGCUAGGCGAAAUAAUUCUUGUCUUUUACAGAAACA